CUCAUAAAGUUCUUUUUCCUUAUGAAGAAAAGCCUUUAACUUGGGCAGAUGGUCAAAUUGCCAAAUUCUUUUGGCAAGUUUAUAAUAAUUUUCUCAAAAAUGCCAAAGAUGUCAGCGGUAAUCUUUUAUUUCAAAAAAAUGAGGUGGAUGCCUUGUCUAAAGAAUGGCAAAGUAUUAAUAGGAAAAUAUCAAAGGAAGUUGCAAAAACUUUUUUAGAGUUUAAUGCUAGAGCAAGAAAUUUAAAAUUUGAUGAGUUAAAAGCUAAAUUUUCAGAAUUUAAUGCUCAUCAAGUUAAUGAUACCAACAUUAUCACUUAUCAAGAAACAAUUGCCAUUAGAACUUUGAUUUACUUCUUAACUGAUUUAGAAAAGGAGGGCAAAUUAGAAACUCCCCUUAUGGCUACUGAAAAAGGAUAUCUCACUAAAUUAAAUAAUGCUCAGCAAACCAUUGGUCUUAGUCCAGAAGAAGAAACAGAAUUAUUAGCAAUUAACAAUUACUUAACUGAACCAGAAUUAAGAAAUGAAUUAGAACUAAAAAAAAUUGCUGAUAUUCUGCUCAAUUUAGAAGAUAUAACUACUUUUUUCAAUGAACUGAAAGAAUAUUUUAAAGAUAAGCAAGGAGUGCCAACUUUCCCUGUUGACACCACAGAUGAUUACCAAAAAACAGAUUAUUUCUUUACUUUAUCUCCCCACUAUGUAAUUGGAUUUUCAGCUACUUACCAAAUUAAGCAUGAUAACUUGACUAAAUAUGGGAAUGGAACUGAAUUCACUGAAGCUGGAAUUAUUAAAUAUUAUGCGGAAGAAUUAGGUGGAGUGAACCAUUGCUUUGCUCAACAAGGAAAAGAAACCAGUGUUCCUAAACCAGAUUUCUCAAGGAGAAAUAAUCCUUCUGCUUGA